AUGGCGUCCGCUAUCACAUCAGCCGCCAACACAGCAACACCCGUCCGUAGAAUAUCGCGAAAAGCCCACCAGAACUCGGAUUCCAACAUAGCAGAGACUGAAUGCGAAAAGACCGCUCCCUACAUCACUACCAGUGACAGCCCCUUCCUCAACGCUUCAAAUGCACCUCCUCAAACCAGCGACCUGCCGCACUCCCAAGUCAAACAAUUCCUCGCCGGCUCCUCCAUCGAGUCCGAGUCUGACGUCGAAGCUCAGCACACCGCUCGUUUCAAGAGAACAAACUGGAAGAAAAGAGUCGUCGCAUACCUAGUCCUUGCCCUCGCCAUCUUCGUGUGGUUAAUGCUCAUCGUCGGGGUGCUGGUGAUGACGGAUAACUUCAUUCCCGGUGCGCUGCGAUCGUACCAGGUCCUCAAAGAUAUGGGUGCCGAGCUGGCGAAUGCGAAGUUUGAGGUUGCGGGACUGAAGGCGCAAGUAGCUACGCUGUGGCAGUAUGUCAAUCAGAAGCACUCGUUUCAGAAAACCGAGGAGUGA